GGCACCGCGUCGCCCCCGAGCGCCGCCCGGACGGCGGGGCGGCCGCGACCCGCGGAGGCCGAGGACCCGGGAAGCAGGAUCCCGCGGACGCCCGCAGCCCGAGGGAAUCGCCAGGGACCGGCGGUCCUCGCCCAGACACCCGCCCCCGGAGACUUGGAACGCGGACUCCAGAGGCGGCGCGCACGACUAUAUUUUCUGUGAGUCCUGAUCAAGUGACACAAAUGUGCUGCAAUGGUGACAUAAACUAUUGACUGAAACUGGAAAAGUAUCAGAAACAUCAUCUGUUCUUUUCUUCUUUCAUUUUUUUAUGGUGCUUCUGUUGGAACAGUCUGAGGAAAGUAUAUGCAACAUGAGUUUUAUCAUGAAGCUGCACAGACACUUUCAAAGGACAGUGAUUCUGCUUGCCACAUUCUGUAUGGUGAGCAUUAUUAUUUCUGCUUACUAUCUGUACAGUGGCUACAAACAGGAAAAUGAACUGUCUGAGAUGGCUUUAGAAGUAGAUUGUGGGGACUUGCAGCACCUACCAUACCGGCUGAUGGACGUGAAGCCAGCGAAGCUCUCUGAUGCCUCGAGGACAGACACCACGGUCCUGGUGUUUGUGGAGAGCCAGUACUCAUCGCUUGGUCAAGACAUCAUUAUGAUUCUAGAAUCCAGUAGAUUCCAGUAUCACAUUGAAAUUGCUCCUGGCAAAGGGGAUCUUCCAGCGCUUACGGAAAAAUCUAGAGGCAAAUAUAGUCUCAUUAUUUAUGAGAACAUUUUAAAGUAUAUACAUAUGGACGCUUGGAAUCGAAGUCUUUUAGAUAAAUACUGUGUUGAAUAUGGUGUGGGUGUCAUUGGAUUCCACAGAACUAGUGAGAAGAGCCCACAGAGCUUUCAGUUGAAAGGCUUCCCUUUUUCUGUAUAUGGAAGCCUUGCAGUAAAAGAUUGCUGUAUUAAUCCUCAUUCUCCAUUGCUUCACGUGACCAAAUCUUCUAAGCUUGAGAAAGGUUCUUUACCUGGAACUGACUGGACUGUUUUCCAUAUUAAUCACUCAGCCUACCAACCAGUAAUAUUUGCCAAAGUAAAGACCCCAGAAAACCUGUCUCCUCCCAUCUCUAAAGGUGCUUUUUACGCCACUGUCAUACAUGACCUGGGGCUCCAUGAUGGAAUUCAAAGAGUUCUCUUUGGCAACAAUUUGAACUUUUGGUUGCACAAGCUUAUCUUCAUAGAUGCUGUUUCCUUCUUAUCAGGGAAGAGGCUUACUUUGUCCUUGGACAGGUACAUUCUCGUGGAUAUUGAUGAUAUUUUUGUGGGAAAGGAAGGAACAAGAAUGAACACCAAUGAUGUUAAGGCCCUGCUUGAUACUCAGAAUCUUUUGCGUGCACAAAUCACAAAUUUUACUUUCAACCUGGGAUUUUCAGGGAAAUUUUACCAUACAGGAACUGAAGAGGAAGAUGAAGGGGAUGACCGUCUUUUGGGGUCUGUUGAUGAGUUCUGGUGGUUUCCACAUAUGUGGAGCCAUAUGCAGCCCCACCUCUUCCAUAAUGAGUCAUCUUUGGUGGAACAGAUGAUUCUCAACAAAAAGUUUGCCUUAGAGCACGGCAUUCCUACGGACAUGGGCUAUGCAGUGGCCCCUCACCAUUCAGGCGUCUAUCCUGUACAUGUUCAGCUCUAUGAAGCCUGGAAGAAGGUUUGGAAUAUUAGAAUCACCAGCACUGAAGAAUAUCCACACCUGAAACCAGCUAGAUACCGGAGGGGCUUCAUCCACAAAAACAUCAUGGUUCUUCCAAGACAAACCUGUGGGCUUUUCACUCACACAAUUUUCUAUAAAGAAUAUCCAGGAGGUCCUAAAGAGCUGGACAAGAGUAUCCAGGGAGGGGAACUUUUCUUCACUGUGGUCCUCAACCCAAUCAGCAUUUUCAUGACCCAUUUGUCUAACUAUGGGAAUGACCGGCUAGGAUUAUACACAUUUGUCAACCUGGCCAACUUCGUGCAGAGCUGGACCAACUUGAGACUUCAGACUCUGCCUCCAGUGCAGCUGGCUCACAAGUAUUUUGAGCUCUUUCCUGAUCAAAAAGACCCUCUCUGGCAGAAUCCUUGUGAUGACAAACGCCACAGAGACAUUUGGUCUAAAGAAAAAACCUGUGAUCGCUUACCAAAAUUCUUGGUAAUAGGACCCCAGAAAACUGGAACCACUGCUUUGUAUUUGUUCCUGGUUAUGCAUCCUUCCAUCCUUAGUAACUCCCCCAGCCCAAAAACCUUUGAGGAGGUACAGUUCUUUAAUAGAAAUAACUACCACAGGGGGAUUGAUUGGUACAUGGAUUUCUUCCCAGUCCCAUCUAAUGUUACCACUGAUUUUCUAUUUGAGAAGAGUGCCAACUACUUCCACUCAGAGGAAGCUCCUAAAAGGGCGGCUUCUUUGGUCCCCAAAGCCAAGAUCAUCACCAUUCUCAUUGACCCAUCAGACCGAGCAUAUUCCUGGUACCAGCAUCAGCGAUCACACGAAGACCCUGCGGCUCUGAAAUUCAGUUUCUACGAAGUGAUCUCAGCUGGGCCCCGUGCACCCUCCGAGCUGAGAGCCUUGCAGAAGAGAUGUUUGGUCCCAGGGUGGUAUGCCAGCCACAUUGAGAGAUGGCUUGUUUAUUUCCCCCCCUUUCAGCUGCUAAUUAUUGAUGGGCAACAGCUAAGAACUGAUCCUGCUACAGUGAUGGAUGAAGUACAGAAGUUUCUAGGAGUCUCUCCUCAUUAUAAUUACUCAGAAGCAUUAACGUUUGAUUCUCAUAAAGGUUUCUGGUGUCAGUUACUGGAAGAAGGUAAAACAAAAUGCCUUGGAAAGAGCAAAGGAAGAAAAUACCCUCCAAUGGAUCCUGAUAGCAGAGCAUUUCUAUCCAGCUACUAUCGUGACCACAACGUGGAACUCUCCAAGCUGCUGCACAGACUGGGGCAGCCUCUGCCAUCCUGGCUGAGGCAGGAGCUGCAGAAAGUGAGAUAGCACUGUGAGAAAGCUCGAGAAUGCAUCUCCAUGGAAUGCUCACCUCUCCCAGAGCUUCCAGGAGCUACCAAAAGGUGGUUUAAAAAUAUACCUCUUCAAAUGAGAAUAGAAAAACAAAGUUCUUUCCACGUGCUGGCACGUGGAUGAUUAGAAACAAAACAAAACUAAAAGUAUUUGUUACAAGCCUUGAGGCCUAUGGCCUUUCUCUUAACCCAUAUCUGAGCCUGUGGGGUUAUUGGAGACUACUGUGCACUCAUGUGUUAAUCAAUAGCAACCAAUAUAAAUAUCAAAUACCAAUGCAGAACUGUUCCAUUUCAUAGUAAUAUUUACACUUUUAUAUAUCAACUAAGAUUAUGUCUCUGUAGACUUGUAGGCUGCUGUUUGCCUGUAGAAUGUUUUCUUAUUCUUUGAUUCUAUAAAGUGUCCUACAAAACAAAAAGUAAACAUCACAAUGUAGCAUAAAGCGCCAGAGGCCUAAUGCCCGUGAAAACUGCUUGCAAAAAUAUAAAUCCACUGAAGUAUUUAGAAAGAAUUAUAAUUUACAAUUUGUCCUAGAUCAGAGAAUGGUAAAGUUAUAUCUGAGCUUUAUCUGCAUCGAAAAAAAAAAGAUAAGUAUUAUAGAAGGAAAAAAGUGAUUUUUCAUCCACAUAGUCUAGUACAUUUCUGUAAAAGUUUCCAAUGUCUCUAUCAUUACAUAAUUAUUAUUCUGAAAGGUAUGUUGUACCAGCUAUUGGAUGGGAAAUAGAAACACACUGAGUAUACCAAAACAGUAAGAAGCAAUAUAAAGUGUACUGACUAAAUCCUCUAAAAGCAAGAAAUUGUAGGGGUCUGAAGAUAUCUGAUUGACAGCUUAUGUCCCUUUGCUGUGAGCUGCGAAUCAACUCCAGUAGUUCUCACUGGUUGUACAGAAAUGUUUGCUCAGAAUCUGAGGUCUAUGUCAUCUCCAGAAACAGACAGACUUUUUAAUGUAAACAACUUUUUCUUAAUGCUCCCAAGAAAAAAACCUAUUAACUGAAAUCUAAGGACAGUUUCUCCAGAUGAUAUGUUGGGUUUAUUUAUGUUUAAAUACAGAAAAAUUACAUUUUUUCAGAUAAUUCAAAAUGAAAUUAUAUAACGCAGAGAUCUGUGACAAAAAACCAAAUUAAUGUAUGAUUUUUAAUCUCAGAUUUGCAAUGGUACAAGGCAGAAAAAGAUAAUCAAAGCCAAGUGCCAUUUUUUUUAGAACAUUUUGUACAUCACUUUCAUGAAAGACAAUAGAACACAGUUAAAUUUAUGGGUUAUCUACUAAAUUAAAUGGAGGAAGUACCAAGAUGAGCCAGGUAUGGUUCUUAAAAUAUAUUUUACACUUAAAUUUUUAAUGAUUAUAUGAUUAAUAAAGUAUUCAAAAAAAGAAAAGAAUGUCAUGCUAAUUUUCCUGUACUUAUAUUUACUUUCAGUUUUUAAAUAUACUAAACACACAAGAAAUUUAAGUAGUAAAUAAAUUCCUUGCUAUGACUUUAUAAGCUUUUAUGAAUGUAAUCAAAAGUAUGAUUAGAAAAAAAUGAUGCCCAAAUAGUUUCAUUAUAAUAUGAAACUAUUAUGGCCAUUAUAAUGGCCAUUAUAAUAUGUGAAAUUGAAUUCUAUCAACUAUUCACUAAUUAGAAAACAAAUUUUGAGAUACUUUCACUAACUAUUCAUUUCUAAAAUUGUAUUAUAAAAAUUAAUUAAAUGUUUUAAAGUUUUGUAUACCCAAUGAUAAGCCAAUUUUUAAACAAACAAGCUAUUAGCAGAAAGAAUUAGACAAAGAACCAGAUUUUAAGAUCCUUGACAGUAAAAGCAAUAUCAAAGUCAUUUGGACAAAGAUGGUAAAGUCAGUCUUCAUGCUUACCGCUACCUUUAUGAACAGCACAUGCCUAACAUACUAGAAAAUGAAUACAGCCUUUAAUCUUCACUAUUUUAAGAAAAUUAGCUUCAGAGGGUCAAACAUAGUGAGAACAGUCCCCAGGAGUUACAUACGGUAUUGUGUUUUCAUUUUGACAACAUUUCUACUGAUUAAAAAAAAAAAAAAGGAAAGGAAAAGAAAAACAAUGCAUUUACGCUCCAAGGAUGAGAUGUGCAUUUAAACUUCUAAACAAAGCUCCUAAUGGUGUAAUUCUGUCUGGAUAAACUGAGUCAACUAAACAGCUUACCCUUUAAGAAAUGUCAAAAACACACUGGAUGCUUGUGGGAUGAAAGGAGAAAUUUACUCAUUCAUAAUAUAGAUAUUAUGCUACUUAGAGCAGCAAACCUUUGAAAGGAAUUUUGAUCAGUCAGUGUAUCUGGAAGACAACUCAAAUUCUAGGGGACACGCACACUUACUACAUCGGAUACUCCAGGUGGUUGUUAUGUUCUUCUGAAAGUAACAUAAAUACACAUGGGGAAAGAAACAGAUAAGGUGAUUUCAAACUAGCUUUGUAUGGCAUUCUUUUUUCAUUGCUUAAAAUAUGAAACUUCCUCAGGAAGAAAUGAAAUGGUUAUUUCAGUGUUUAUAGCUAUAAUAUUCUUGUCAUUCACAUUGAAUGAAAAUUAAUGGAAACAUUUUUUUUUCUGAGUUUUUUAAAAUAAAAAAAAACUGGAUAUAAUUCUGAUAGUAGCAUGGUACCUCAUAUGUACAACAAU